CCUCGCUAUCAUUUUACGACUCGUCGACAACGCGACCCUUAACAGCUUGCAUCGUGAAGGCCAGUCGACUACCUCCGACCCACCACUGGUCCAAACAGGUAUUAGUCGUCAGUAUAAGUCUACCACCGUCAUGUUUCCCAGCAAUAGAAAUUGGAACGACCGGGCCAAUAAAGACCUCUUCUUCACCAUUUUGUCCGUCAAGAACAUUGGCGUUAUCAGUGGUGUCGAAUGGAGCACCAUUGGUAACCACAUGCGCACGCUGGGAUAUGGCUUUACAAAUGAAGGAUGCAGACAGCAUUUCCAGGGUUUAAGGCGUGGUCAGGAGAAAGGCGAACUUACACCAGCACCUACCGCAAGCCAACGCUCUGAUCCUUCGUUCAACCCGAUAACUAGAAGACCUGGUCCUGGACGAGGACGACCUCGCAAAAGCGGCAGUGUUGCUUCAAGCUCGGGAGAUAACAUCUCUGUAGCACAGGCCCUCGCUGGUGGCGAUGUACAGCAAGAAAUACAGGCUGGUCAGCAUCAAGCAGCUGGCAGUGUGUCUAACGAGGUGCACUCUGGCGCGGAAGAAGCCAGCUUACGCAAUAACGCUCACGCAUCUUUACCUAUGGGCAGCACUAGAACAACAUCCUUAACAUCCCGACCAUCGACACAUAGCUCGAAUAUGGCUGCUCAGCUAGCAGAAUUAGAUGCGGAUGCGGAUGGUGAGGCUGAUGACUUCCCCACGGAGGAUCUACGUCCUUCCAAAAGGCAACGCGUGAUUGAUAACGAGGUUGAUUUGGAUGACGCAGAUGUUGCCGAUGUCCUUGACGAUGAGGCUGUUCUGGCUCUCGCGGCUCAUAACAGCGCCGAUGUAUUCUCUCCGGAUGAGGUUUAGAAACGGCCCCGCGGACGGACUUUUGAAUGGGAACCUUGACUAUGAAUUUUGGGUCUUUAUUUAUAAUCACUUUUGUUAUAGCCCCAGGAGUUUUUUUUUCGGAUUUGUCUUGAGGCGCAAUGAUGGGCUGUCUGUUUCGCAGGCGAGCAGAUAUAGCAGCACACGUAUCACCACCAACUGCCCUGGUAAGGAGCCAUGUUAUAGAAAUAGCCACUUUUAGAAAUAAAAUCUAUUCUCCUUG